AUGCAAAUUUGUCUUUAAUAUUUCACGUAAAAAAGAAUCGUUGGACUCCAAAAUCACAACCCCUCCAACAAUAUUUUUUUGUUUCCAAAACCAUAUAAUCUGAUAUGCAUCGUCAAGUCAUUAAGUCAAUCUCAUGUUGAAACCGAGUACACUUUUUGGUCAAAGAGGCUUCAUUUUCUCAUGUUUUGACAAGUUAAUCUUCACUUAUAGUACAAGACCAACUCCUCAAACCCACCAAAAUUAUUAUCAUCUUAGACCUGAUGACUCCUACAAAGAGCAGAAUUAUGAACAAUCAAUUGUAUAUUCAAAUUCUCAAAUCACCAAAUUUGGAAGAUGUGGUUCUACCCAAGAAGCAGAAAUGGUGUUCAAUCGUAUGCCAGUUAAAACCGUCAUUACUUGGACUGCUCUGAUUUCGGCAUAUGUUGAAAAUGGGGAGCUUGCGAAAGCACGGAAGGUGUUCGAUGAAAUGCCUCAACGAAAUAUUGCGUCUUGGAAUGCUAUGAUCACGGGUUAUAUGCGGAAUGGGGUUGGAGUUAAUGAAGCUUGUGAGUUGUUUAAUAGGAUGCCGGACCGAAAUGCUGUAUCUUAUACUGUCAUGGUCACUGGUUUCGCCUAUGCAUUUAUGUUUCAGGAGGCCGUGAGAUUGUACAAUGAUAUGCCAAGAACUUGGCGUGAGCCUGUUUGUUCUAAUGCUUUGAUUUGUGGGUAUUUAAAGGCAGGUAAGUUGAAUGAAGCUCUUCAGGUUUUUUCGGGGAUGGUAGAAAAGGAUGUUGUUUCAUGGACGUCAAUGAUUGAUGGGUAUUGUAGAAAAGGAUAUACUGAGAAAGCUAGAGAAUUGUUCAAUAUGAUGCCUGUGAAGAAUGUAGUUUCUUGGACAGCAAUUAUUAGAGGGUAUAUGAGGGAUGGAAAUUUCAUAGAUGGGUUUCUUCUGUUUUUGUCUAUGAGGAGAGAAAAGAUUGUAAGGGUUAAUCCUAUGACUUUAACUACAAUUAUUGAUGCUUGUGCUAACAGUGGUAGAUUUGUAGAAGCUUGUCAAUCCCAUGGAUUAGGUUUGCGGAUGGGAUUUGAGUGUGAUGUAAUAUUGUGCAACGCUCUCAUCAGCAUGUAUGGUAAAUUUGGUUGUCUAGAUGCUUCCAUUAAGCUGUUCAACUUAAUUAGUGAGAAAGAUAUAUUCUCUUGGAAUUCCAUGAUUGCAUCCUAUGUUCACGCUAAACAAAUUGAAGAAGCUUAUGGUCUUUUCCAAAUUAUGCCCAGAAGAGAUGUUGUUUCUUGGACAACAAUGAUUGGAGGGUUUUGUGUAAAAGGUGAUAUGGAUAAAUUAAUCCAUUUGUUUAAUUUGAUGCCGCAUAAAGAUGAUGUUACUUGGACUACUGCCAUUUCUGGAUUGGUUAACAAUGAGAGACCUGCUGAAGCUAUUCAUUGGUAUAUUAGGAUGGCUCGAGGAUCCUUCAGAGCAAAUGUUUUUACUUUGAGCACCGUGAUCAGUGCUGCUGCUUGUUUAGCUGAUUUAAUCAUUGGCUUGCAACUUCAUGCUCAAGUUGUGAAGAUGGCUAUGGAGUUUGAUUUAUCGGUUCAAAAUUCAUUGGUGACAAUGUACUCAAAAUGUGGAGAUAUUUCUGAUGCAUAUAGUGUCUUCAUGAAGAUUGCUUCACCCAAUGUCAUUUCUUUUAACUCGAUGAUCACAGGCUACGCCUACAAUGGUCUUGGACAAGAAUCACUUCACUUAUUUAAACAAAUGGAGAAUGAGAGGCUGCAACCUAACGAAAUCACCUUCCUUGGUAUUCUUUCUGCCUGCAUACACAUGGGUUUUGUUGAACAAGGUCAAGAGUAUUUUAGAUUGAUGAAGUCCACUUACCAUGUAGAGCCAGGGCCUGAUCACUAUUCAUGCAUGAUUGAUCUCUUUGGCCGAGCAGGAUUGCUUGACCAAGCAGUUGAUAUGAUCCAUUCAAUGCCAUUUGAACCUCAUGCUGGAGUUUGGGGAGCACUUCUGACUGCUGCACAGUCCCUCUUGCGUCUUGAUAUUGCAGAGCUUGCAGCAGAAGAAAUUUUGAGACUGGAACCUAAUAAUGCAACCCCACAUGUUGUUAUGUCAAAGAUAUACUCCAUUUUAGGAGAAAAGGAGGCUGAAGAGGUCAGAUGGACACAAAAAUCAAAGGGUAUACUAAAAACUCCAGGCUGUAGUUGGAUUCCUGGUGACAGAAAACAGUAACUAGUUUGUGUUGGAGAUCAACCUCGCAUAAAUCAUAAUUGUGAUGAUUGGGGAACAUAUCCAGACAUGUUUGGCCUGUUGGUAUUAUCUAGUUGAUCAUGAAAGAUUUAUGAUGGGAAGAUGCACUUAAGUAGUUAAUCUAGUUGCCUUUACAAAUCAGGAGUUACCACAGGUUUGCCCCUUUCAAGGUUAAGACAUGAAAUAUAGUACGUAAUUGCUAUUAAAUAUUCAACCUGAGCUGAAUUUUUAUGUUUACUUCUUUUGGAAUGCUUAACAGAGCUUAUGUGCAUUGGUUAUAAUAUCAUUUCAAAGCUUGUUUGCUAAUUUAAUUUCAGUUCUGAAAGGAGACAAAAUGAAAAAGAGAAAGUACACAGAUGAAAGGCAUGAUCUUCCUCAAGUCCUAGAUUUACUUCUGUUGCCCAUUUCCGUGGCUGGUAUCCCCUUCUUUUUCAAAGGUGAAAUCAAAAGCCUUAAAAUUUCAUUGCUGUUUAAAUGUCGCAAAUUCACAUUUGUGUUGUUGUAACUUCGAAUAUUUAUUAUGUUUGAGAAAAGCAAGUUAAAUAUCAGCUGUGAGCCCUUUCUCAACAGGAGAAUAAUAUGCACUUUGAGUCUCAAGCUUUUUGUGUUGCAAUGCUGUUAACAUUUUUUGAAGGGAUUAUAAGACAUUGAGCACUUGUCGCCAUUAGGUGCUGAUUAAUGCCCGGUUUUCAAUUGCAUACAAAGAUGGCCAUCUGCAAUAUAUAGCCUCGUAAAUAUUGUCCUGAAUGACAAACUUUGACGCAAGAGAAGUGCACCUGUACAAUAUUUGAGAUUCACCACAGGAAAUCUAAUUAAGAACUGCUGUGGUUCUACCCAACUGUAAGAGCCUAAAAGUGUGCUCCUAUGCGUCUAUGCCUGACAUUUUUUGUCACAUAUCUUUGACUUCUCAACUUUUUUUUUUCUAUACCAUAGUUAGACAUGAACCUUCAUGAAGUGGCUUGUGAGUUGUGAUUGGCCAAUGAGUUCAUCAGUAAAAUACUCAAAACAGUAUCCUCUUCCAUAGUUCCAUUGAAGAAUGCUAGCAUGUUUUUCAUCUUUA